AUGAAGUUUUUUUCAAUAUUCGCAUUAUGUGUUGUUGCUGUGUCAGCACACACAUCAAUGCUUUAUCCACUUACACGAGGUCACCCACGAAACCCUAACGCUGCUGAAAAUGAUACUGAAUGUAUUACUGCGCCAUUAAACGAAUGUAAAAACAGUACAAAAGUGAAGACUUUUCCAUGUGGUGGCUAUCCGAUAGACAGCAAGAUCACCCAAAUUUUCCAUGCUGGCGAAGUUAUUAAUGUGAGCUUCUGGAAUCCAAAUAUUCCUGAUGAUCUGCCACCAGAUCAUGAAAAAACUGAUCAAGGAAGACAUAAUGGUGGACAAUGCGAAUUCUCUUUAUCAUACGAUGGAGGUCAAACAUAUACGGUUAUUGCUACUUAUCUUAGGACUUGCCCAGAUGUCUACUUUAAUUGGACAGUAAAAAUUCCGUCUGCCGCUCCAUCAUGCAAUAAUCCUGGAAAAUGUAUUUUUUCUUGGACAUGGAUACCUAAUGACAGUAAGCGUGAAUUCUGGCAAAAUUGUGCUGAUAUUAUACUUGCCGGCACUUCAACAAAACCAUUACCAAUCAUUGACAUUACUCGAGCAAACCUACCACCAAUAUUCAAUGCUACGAUAACUCCAUUAGGUGAUCCAAAUAAUACUGGUAAUUUUAAAGGAUCAGGUCCUUCCUCUUCCGAUAUUCUCGACAAUUUGGCUCUUGAUAUUGGUGGAAUUGACCCUGCUUCACUUCCACGUGAUGGGAGCAAUGCAGCUUUGAUUGGAAAGAAAAUUUAUUUUAUCGGUGGUAAAACAACACCUCCUCAAAAAAUCAAUACGUAUCUAUUGGAUUUAACUUCAGAUUUUAUAGUAACGAAACCAAAUUUUGUUGAAGUUUUUGGAUUUGGAAAUGGAAAUAAAUCAUCACCUGUCUGGACUGCUGCUUGCGUAAAAAAAGAAGAUGAAACUAUUUAUAUAUUUGGUGGAAGUGAUGCAUCGCAAUCGACUUUACCUAAAGUAAACACAAUGUAUACAAUAAAGCUGUCCAAUGACACUUUCUUAGACUGGACAGCAUCUUCGCCAAAUCAAGGAGAAGCAUGGCCAAGUGUACGAGAUGGAAUAGUUCCAGUUAUUGAUAAUCUUUCGAGAAUUUUCAUAUGGGGUGGAUUCAAUGAAGAACAAGAUAAUAAAACAAUGUACGUAUUUGAAUCUAGCAAUUGGAAAAGCUAUAUCUUCGAUAAUGCACCGAAUCCAAGGGCAGCUUAUUCGGCUACAUUAUUAGAUGAUGGUCGAAUCAUUUAUAUUGGCGGAAUUAAUAGAAGCCCAUAUCCAGAAGUUAAUUUUUUUGAGUUAUUAAUAUUUGAUACGAUAAAACAUGAAUGGAAUAUACAAUUAUCAAAAAGUGAUAAUGAGAAGCCAAUGAAAAAUCGAGCUCAUCAUUCAGCAUUACUCCACUCUGAUUCCAUUUCUAUAAUUCUGUACGGAGGGAUUUACGAGCCUAUAGAAAGCCAAAUCCCCAAUGAUGACUCGCUGUACAUCUUGAAUACUAAAACUUGGACGUGGUCCAAGCAAUCGAUUCCUAGUCUACCUUAUAUGCAUGUGACAAGAAACCAUACGGCAGUUAUGUAUGAUGGAUAUAUGAUUAUAGCUUUAGGAGUUUAUGGGGAUGAUUUUCUUACACCUGAAGUAAAAGUUAUGGACGUGACAAAUUUAAGCUCAUUGACUUGGGUUCCUACUUACAAAGUGAGAACAUUACCAACUACUGGUUCAGCAAGCAUAACUACUGAGGACAAAAAGCAAAAUAAUAAGAUGCUUAUUAUUGGAUGUGCAUCCGGUGGUGCACUUAUUAUUAUUGCUUUUGUGUUAUUUUUUAUCAUUAUGCAUCGAAAAAAAUUUGACUCAUAUGUGAUUACUCAAAAUGGAAGGGUUUCGGAAGAUUUGGACAAAGGGGAAGAUUUAGACAAAGGACAAGAUACGGCUAAUAUUUUAAAUAUUAAUCCAAUAGGAUUUCCAAUCCAAGCUCAGGAUCAAAACCCAUUUAUUAGUCAAUAUCACUUUCCUAUGCCGCAAUUUGAUCCAUUAUAUAAAAAAUAUUCACAAUUAUAUCAAGAUAAACCGAACUUUCCAUAUCAAUAUAACCCGAUUUCAUCGGAUAACGAUGAUCAGCAAAUCUAA